AUGAAUUUCAGCUUGAAAGUAGCCAAUCAUGUAUUGCAAAAAAGUCUUACGGAAAACAAUAAUAGUCCUAUGAACGUGAUAUUAUCUCCGCUUUCAAUCGACGCCGUGCUUAACAUCUUGGCCCUAAGAUGUCACGGUCCGACGCUAGAGCAAUUGCUUGAGCUACUUGGGUGCAACGACGUCAAAGAAUUUAAUGAGAUGGCGUCGGGUUUAGCCGAUGUGCUUAAGGAAUCAAAGGGUGAUGAUUGUGAUGAAGUAAAGCAAGUGGUAAAUGAGGUGAACAUUUGGGCUGAGGCAAUGUCAAAGGGCUUUAUUAAACAAAUAAUUUCGGAAAACUUGAUUGCUAAAGACACCAUGUUGAUAUUGUUAAAUGCCAUGUACUUCAAAGGAACAUGGGUUAACAGAUUUAAGACUGAACACACUGAAGAUGCAGACUUUUACUUGCUCAAUGGAAACAAAGUUGAAGUCCCCUUCAUCAACAAAACUUAUACGGGCUUCGAAUAUGGAACUUUCGAGAGAUGUCAAGUCUUAAGGAUGCUAUACAACGAAGAAGAAGUCGAAAAGGGUGAAAAGGCAAGGAGUUUCUCAAUCGCCGAAGGAAGAGAAGAUGUCCUUGACACCCCUAUCCCAGUUUUGACAGCCACAUCAUCAGAUGCUGAAAAGGCCAGUCAAAAGGUUGUUAAAGACAAAUCAGUGUUUGUCACAUGUCUCAUGCUAGCUUCCAUGGAACCAAACCUUCAAAAGAAGUUUGAUGGUAUGGAUACUCAUAGCAUUAUCCAACAACUGAAAAAGAUGUUUCAGAAGCAAGCAAGGAUUGAGAGAUACGAGAAUCAUAGAGAGUUGCUCCGAUGUGUGCAAAAGGUUGAUGAACCACUGGGAGAACAUGUUUUCAAAAUGAUGGAAUUGUUCAAGAAAAUGUCUAAACUGGGAAUAACCUAUACCACUGAAAUGGCCACUGACAUAAUCAUGAUGUCAUUGCAUGAUGGAUUUCAGCAAUUCGGGCAAAACCUUAGAAGAACUGCACCGAAUGCUUGUCACUGCUGA